CUCCCUCUCUGCGCCUGCCUAUACUCCCGCGCACUUUUCCAAAUAGAGUGAAUCAGCUUCCGAUGUCAUUCAUUUCUUAAUUCGCCUCCAAUGCCGACCCCGAGUGACAUUACAUCCAGUGUGAAUGCUUCGUCAGUCCUAGAGGAACUCUCCACUCGUUCCACUUGCCCACCCGAGGUCGAGAGGCCUGCCACUUGGAGAGACGCUCCAUUACGCUCCUCCACUCUUCCCGACCGUGAUGAUUCCGAGACUCCGUCACAGCUCAUCCCCGCAGCGCACACUACGCAGAAUGCCUUGAGUCCGGCCAUCGAUGCGACCGCCCCAUCAACUGCUGAAGCCUCAUCCGGUAGUAGUCCGACGAAGGAUGUGGCAAAAUCCGAAGAUGAGCCUGCCGUGGGGAGGAUGAGUCCGGCUGCAGAGCCAGCUUGCUCGCCCAGCCCAUCCUCAUCGGUCACCUCGCCCUCGACCACUUCGCUGUUGAGCUACGAGUUCUCCAAUAUCCGGCUCCUCCCUAACUAUACUUCCUCCUUUCUGCGCCCGGGAAGUAAAUUUACUGGCACGCAACAAUCCGAUCGUCAGGUUUACAACGUCGAUGUUGAGAUCAAGCAUGUUGACAUGCAAGAAUCCUAUCUUUGUGGAUACCUUCGUAUACAAGGAUUGACGGAAGAUCAUCCUACUCUUACAACGUUUUUUGAGGGCGAAAUCAUUGGCACGAAGCAUACUUUCAUGACCAAGAACGAAGCAUGGGGCGCUACAGAGAAGACCGAUAUGCAUCAUUGGAACCGGUUUCCUGCGUGGCGACCGCUAGCCAAACAGGCGCGGAAACCGGAUUUCACGUUCCGCAACUAUGCCCAACGUGAACAUAUCUUCAUGCGCUGGAAGGAAUACUUCCUGGUUCCCGACCAUCGUGUUAGAUCUAUAUCUGGUGCAAGUUUUGAGGGGUUCUACUACAUUUGUUUCAACCAAGUAGAGGGCACUGUCGCUGGUAUAUAUUUUCAUGCAAAGAGCGAGAGAUAUCAACAACUGGAGCUCAAGCAUGUGGAGGACCAUGGCUGUACACCAGCCAUGGAAUUUCGUUAAUUCUCCCGCUUUCCUCAAUAUUGACCCGGGGUCAACUGGAAAACUCAAUUCAGCCAGUCAACUAUUCCUCCCUGGCUCUAUA